UUCCUUAACCUGCAAGCUGUCGGUUUCCUUUUUAUAUGCUUCAGUUGCUUCCAUUGCACAAGCUGAAAAAACUAUAUUAUAGUAAAACCUCAUAGACGAGCGACUUCCCUACAGCAGUACCUACAAGUGAAAAAAUCUCCAGGAAUUUACAAGAUUCAAGGUGGAUUUUUUUUUUUUUAAAGUGCUCAAGUGUAUUCAAAAAGCCUUGAAAUAUGAUCGCUUUAGUGCUCCCAUGGAUAUGCAUGUUAAUUGUGAACUCCUUGACUCAUCCUGCUGUUAUAUCCCCACAAGACCCUACCCUAAUGAUAGGAUCAUCACUAACUGCAGCUUGUUUAGUAGACUCUGACUUAAACCUGAAAGCAGAUGACCUGUUCUGGACCCUAAAUGGGAGAAGGCUUCCUACAGAUCUGUAUAGGAUACUGAAUGGCACAACAUUAAGUGUGGCCUUGAAUAACAUGAAUGGAUCCAAACAGCAAUCGGGAGACAACCUGGUGUGCCACAGCAAAGAUGGGAGAAUCCUUGCAGGAUCAUGUCUUUACGUUGGAUUGCCUCCUGAAAAACCUACCAAUAUUACCUGUUGGUCGAAGAAUAUGAAAGACCUGACCUGCAAGUGGGUUCCAGGUAGUGAAGGAGAAACCUACCUACACACCAACUAUACCCUGAAAUACAAACUCAGGUGGUAUGGCAGAGAUAAUACAUGUCAAGAAUAUCACACCAUGGGUCAAUAUUCUUGCCACAUCCCUAAGGAUCUUGCCCUCUUCACUCCGUAUGAAAUUUGGGUGGAGGCUUCAAACAGACUAGGAUCUAUCACCUCUGACAUAAUAACCCUGGACAUUCUUGAUGUGGUCACCACAGACCCACCAUCAGAUGUUCAUGUGAGUAGAGUCGGUGACUUGGAGGAUCAACUCAGUGUUCGAUGGAAUUCCCCUCCUGCUUUGAAGGACUUUCUGUUUCAAGCUAAAUACCAGAUUCGAUACAGAGUAGAAGACAGUUCUGAAUGGAAGGUGGUAGAUGAUGUGGGUAACCAGACUUCCUGUCGUCUUGCUGGAUUAAAACCAGGGACUGUAUACUUUGUUCAGGUUCGGUGUAACCCAUUUGGGAUCUAUGGAUCUAAGAAGGCAGGCAUCUGGAGUGACUGGAGCAAUCCAACUGCUGCAUCUACUCCAAGAAUUGAAAGAAUCACCGGGGUAUGUGAUCCCAAGAGCGGGGAACAGAAUUCUACCUUAAGACGAGAAUUAAAACAAUUCUUUGGCUGGGUGAAAAAACAUGCGUACGGCUGCUCCAACCUUAGCAUCAAAUUAUAUGACCAGUGGAGGGUGUGGCUGCAGAAAUCACACAAAACACGGAACCAGGUAGCCGGGCAGGAGGACACAAAAGAAGCGGAGCUGAGGAGUUUAAGCAAAACGUCAGCAAAACUUGAGCAUCGCUCUGAAGAAGACUUUUGAGAUCACGAUGGUGAGCUUUGCUGUCCCAAGGAAAGUGAGUCCAGCAGAGACGAAGUCAUGUGUUUUCAUUUCAGCGUAUGUCACAUUCCCCUCUGGAAACCAUGGUUUGAAGGUGACCAAAUACUCUUGCAGAAGACUGUCUUUUACAGAACUGUGUGUUUUGAAUGCUUUAACUUGGAAAACUAUUUUAAUGCUUAUUUAAAUUUUGUAAAUGUUGGCUAUGUUUUU